AUGGCAGAAUUACUCCAAUAUGUUGGUGAGAAUAACCGGUCGCCUAGCUACUUGAUUGGAUUCUUUGAACGUCUCAUUGGAAAGGAAGAUGACGUCUUUGUUCGCGCUUGUCUUGAGACCCUGCAGGAAAAUAAGCCUGAUUUCUACCCUCUAACCGAGUAUGUCCGAGAAAAGCUUAAUACUGGCUACUGGCGUGAUGUCCCAGAGUUUUGGAGAGAGGCGUAUUCACUUCUGCGUUAUGCAUCCGUUCUCUCUUGUCUCUCGAUUCCAUCCGCUGCUGAGGAAUACGAUGCGGAGUACAUAUUGUGGCAACUUGAUGACGCUCUAAUUAUGGGUCAUUCCGACGAUGUGUGUGAAUGUAUCACUAAAUUAGCCAGCUUAGUGAAUGCAUUUCUUGUCGACUCCCUUCCCUCUAUGGACUUCCCCACCCACUAUUCGGAUGUUAAUGCUGUAACACCAGAUUUGACGACCUUAACCUUUCCAGAUGAGGUAAUCUCUGAAUUGCAGCGCAUUCACCAGCCUUCUCUCACGGAAUUUACUGAUAUACUGGCCGCUGGAAUACCCGUAAUUAUAACCGGAGCAAUGUCACAUUGGCCGGCUUGUGAUGAAGCCUCUGAUCACUAUUGGUCACCGGCGUACUGGUCCAGAACGGCUGGCUACCGGACAGUUCCCGUGGAAAUCGGUUCCGCCUAUACUGAUGAGUCAUGGGGUCAGCGCCUAAUUACUGUGAACCGGUUCUUCGAGACUUUUGUCCUUCGCACCUCGAAAAGCCAACCUGUCGGCUACUUAGCUCAACAUCAGAUUCUUCUACAGAUUCCUGAGCUUGCUCUUGAUGUGGAUAUUCCAGAAUACUGCUAUGCUGGAUUGUCUGAAUCGCCUUCAGAGGAGGCAGCUAUCGAUAGCAAUAUAUGGGUUGGUCCCGCCAACACCGUUUCCCCGCUGCACCACGACAGCGAUCGGGCUAACGUUCUUUGUCAGCUUAUUGGACAAAAAUACGUCAAGUUGUAUAACGCUGACCAGACGGAGUUCGUUUAUCCACAUACCGAGAACUCAAUGUUAUCAAACACCUCGCAAGUUGAUGUUGCCAAUCAAACACCGGAUUUUAACAAGUUUCCCAAAUUCGCUCAAGCCCGGGGCUAUCAUGGUGUGCUUAGAAAGGGCGAAAUGCUCUUUAUUCCGCCUCGUGCAUGGCACUACAUCAGAUCUCUAACCACUAGCAUAUCAAUGAAUUUUUGGUGGAAUGUCGCCGAUUCUUUUAUCCCUCCGUGGCCAGAAUCUUAUAAGAUAUUGAGGAAAAUGAGUCAUACAAAGUCCACUCAGGACACCGCCAUGGACCUCGAGCAGCAGUUUCUUCUUCGCAUGCCUGAGGAGGCUGCUCGGUACCUUGCGGAAGACAUUGACCUCGGUAUCCCCUUUAAAGAUAACUUCACGAUCGAGAUGAAGCCGGACAUGCGCCACAGCAUAGUGCGCUACAAUGGGCAGGUGUACCAUGGUCGAAUGAUGGACCUGCCGUGUAUCAUCGAGUCGCUGAAGACAACGGAUCGGAAGACCUUCUACAAGACUGCGGACAUCUCGCAGAUGAUGAUUUGCACGCAGGAUGCCGACGAUGACGGUACCGCGCCUAUCCGUGGCUCGGCAGCCUUUCUUGCCGCAAAGUCCUCUCACAAUCGUCCUCAGCCAACUAGUGUCUAUGGGUUCGAUUUAACCAAUGCUCGUUCACUUAGUCCUGACGAAUGCUCUUCCCAAUUAGUGAGCCAUUCUUUUUGUUGUAGGCGCGAUAAUCGUGAAUUUCAGUACCUGCACGGAAUGACGCCGCCGCUAAAAAAUGUCCUUCGUCGUCGCUUUCGGAAGACUCGUAAAAAGCGCUCCGUGGACAUGUCGCAGAUCGAGAAGGAGGUGAAAAAUCUCCUACGAGCCGAUCUUGAAGCGGACUCCGUCACGUGGGAGAUCAUCUGGAGCGACCCACCGAAGCCCGCGGAAUCGUCGGCGUCUGGUGCGGUCUCGGUUGCAGGUGGAGACGGCGACGUGGUCUCGGGUAGGGAGAAUCUGCCGUCGUCUGGGCUUGAUGGCAGAAAGGCGUCCACGGACAACGCCUCUGGAACCCUGCCGCUCAGCAACUCCGACGACGAGGAAUCCGACAACGGCGCAGAUCACAGAUCCUUGGUUGUGGACAACCUCUUCGGUGUGAUAAGCAGCAGUAGUGACGAGAGCGAGGCAAGCGACAGCGAGGCGCAGACCAACUCGGACCUCGACGAGGCGCCCCCGUCGAAGGAGGCGGCGAAAACCGCCGGAAAGCAGCCUGCCCAUCCACUUCCGCCGUCGCCCUCGAGCCCAAUCGAUCACCUCGGUCAGCGCCUAAAAACGACUGAUCUGGCGGCGGAAUUACUGCUUUCGGACUCGGGCGACGACAGCGACGACGACGACGACGAGGACCGAAAAACGCACCGUGGUGGAAGUCUCUAUCCUCUCCAGAGUGCUUCAGAUGCCGCGGCAGCAGCCGGAAUCGAGGUGCUGAACGAGGUUAUCGAUGAGGUGGGUCUCGUCGACGAUGGUUUGGACGACGACGAUGAUGACGACGACUUCGUCCCCGCCGGUGGUGAACUCCUCGCAGACGAUGAAUCGGCCGCAGUUUAUCACCACGAGCCAAUCAUUUCCGACAACGAGGAUGUCGAUAUGUUCUGA